GUGAUUUUACAUCGUUUCAAGGAUAGAAGAAACAAAUUUUCUUCCUUUUUUUUAUUUUAUUCUUUUUUUUCUAUUUGUUAUUGUUUGACACUUUUUUGUAAUUAAUAACAUCCUUCCUUUUGGUGCGUCUUGUACGUACAAUUAUUUUUUUUUUUACCUUUCUCUUCUUUUUAUACGCCAUCUCCACAUUCAUCUCCACAAAAAGUACAUAUAAAGAUUAUAUAUUGAGUUAUAUAUCUCUAUCAUGUCACAGCAUGCUGUCACAGCACUCCAUCCUUCGACUGGAACUUCACCACCUACGCCAACACCUCAGCCACAUCAACCAUCUCAACGUGUCUCGAAAGCCAUUUUGAAAACUGCUAUUCAGAAAGCGAACUCUGCUGUCGUUUUGGAUAAAGCCAAUAAUCUUACUGGUGCUAUUGAAGCCUAUACCGAAGCUAUCAACUUACUCGAUCGUGUACUUUCUUCUGAAACAAGAGAAUCUGAUAGACAACGGUUACAAGAAACUUAUGACAAGUAUCUCAAACGCAUUGAAUAUCUCAACACUUUAAAGUCUGAUGCCGAUGACCUUUACGAAACGUUUGAAAAUGGUUCAAAGAAAGACAACGAAAAACUCUCCACCACUAACACAAUAAAGCAAUCAUUACACCAACAAGGGAAAGGAAGAAAGGAUACAUGGGUUCGAAAAAUGGCAUCUUCUUCGUCUUUGGAUAGUAAAACAAAUCGGUUAGAUAUGGGUGAUACUUCUUCCAAGCUUGGUUCUACUACAACUGCAACGCGUUAUGGUCUACGUAUGUCUGAUGGCGCGGUACCAAAUACAACACGUUGGCAACAACGGCAGCAUAGCGUUGGGACAAAUAGUACUACCAUGACGACAACAGGAACAACAACAACAAAUUCUUCCACUACACCGACUUCGCCUUCUUCUUCAUCCAUAUUGAUGUCAUUAGAUGUACCACCUUCACCAGUCUCUUCAGAAAGUACACCAUCAAGACCUUCUUCUCACCGCAAAAGCAAUGAUACCAUCAAUCCUUCUACGGAUCCUCCUCCUUUGGAACCACGCUCUAUUCAUCGUCCAAGUCCUCGAAAAAGCUCUCGUACUGCUGCCGCUGCUGCUCUCUCUCAAACUUCAACCACUUCGACUUCAUCUUCUGGUACUACCUCAUCACCUGCUGGCCAAGUUGUUACUACAACUACUGUUGCUACUACUGCUGCUACGACUGCUGCAGAUCAAGACCAACCAUUACAUAGUCCUCGACAACGAUCAUCCAUGUCAAGCCUAUCCUCUACUUCGUCGGCUGAUUCGGAUAUCAUUUGCGUAUCAAGUCCUCAUCAACCAACCAUGGCUCUACCGUCGCUUUUGCACACCAAAAUGGAAGCAACCACGGAAACAACUGAGAAUAAUUCACCAACUGUAGAAAGAAACAAGAUCGACAAUAAUGAUGAUACAACUUCUCCACAUGAAGGUUCACUCAAAUUGAAUUCGACGUCAUCCAUGUCUACAAUGACUCUAUCACGCCAAGACGAAACACCAUCUUCAUCAGGACGAUUGCGUACCAGUAGCUUACCUCGUAAAUUACAUUUCACUCGACCUGUAAUUGGCUCAUCUUCUCGUACACAACGUUUAGCUUCCAAUGCCUCUUCUAUCGAUUCCAAUCCUGACAAUUCAUCAUCCACUACUCCUACACGUAAAAAUGGAAGUCAACCUAUUUCAUCAACCAUAGGAACUUCAUCAUCAUCAUCAGCUAUCGAUACGGACAACUCUGUUACAAAUCAAACACCAGUACAAAGACAAUCAAGUGGACUUAGUAUGCGAAAGAAAUACAACAGGUUAUCAAGAUCAAGUAUGGACGGUGUAUCUGGAAUCAUUAAUGGUGGCAAUGGAAACAGUGGUAGUGGUGGACGAAAGGAUAAAUCUGGACCUAUCUUCAGUACUCUAUUUGGUGGUGGUGGCAAUAAUCCUCAAUCUGUUAGUCAUGGUCAGGAAGCUAUGAAUUAUUUUGGCAAGAGUACGACAAACACCGACACUAUCAAUCAACAAGGUCUGGACAGUACAAAUCAACUUAUGGAAGGCAAGACUGGAACAAUGGCGACAUAUCAACCAUAUCGACAAGAAGGAUCCGUACCACCUAGUAGAUAUUUGGAUAUUCAUUUGAAACUAAUCAUUGCUUUGGAACAUAGUAUGAAUUAUGGUGGCUAUAUUACUCCAAAAUUGUUUAUACCCAAAAAUUUAUGGCACCAAACCAAUAUACGCUUAUCAUCUAUGGAUGUUAAGGUGGCAGCCUGUGAAAGUCUGAUUUUGGAUCUAAAUCGUAUUGAAAAAUGGAGAAAUUUGGAUGAUAUCCGAGGCAGCUUACGAUUGAUUGAAUCAUUGGAAGAAGUGGUGGAUGGAUUACAAGUGACAUUAUCUAAGAAAUUCAAACGUGACAGUCUUGCUGAUACCAAUGAUGAUAACAAUAGUAUAUUAUAUUCAUCUGAUGGACCUGGUGCUUUUCAAACCAUUGGCAAUCAACAGUAUUCUGGUAUCAAUGGUGGAAACAACAAUAUGAACAAUAAUGUCAACAAUGUCAACAAACGUGCACAAUUCAUGUCAUGGGGAUCAAAAUUAUCAAAAUCUGUGGAACGUAUGAAUGCUUUUAGCCUCACCAAAGUGGAAGAUCAACAUCGACAUUAUAUGGAAGUAUUACAAAAACUUUUCAUCAAAUUACAUAUGCUCGAAAUGUGGUUCCAACAUUACCUUAAGAAAGAUCGACAAAAGAAUCCUCAUUAUGAUGCUCUUCUAAGCAAACUUGGCAAAGUAUGUGAUGGUAUCAAUCGAGUGGUGGGUGGUUUUGUAUUACGUGAUGUGGCUAUUCUACUUGGCAAAUGGUUAAAACGUGGUGGUGUUUGGGUUAACGAAUGAUCCUCAUUUUAUCCUUUUUUUUUUUUGUAUAUUUCUCUUCCCUUCCUCCUUUUUUUUGUUACUAUUUCUUCCAUCUCUCUCUCUCUCUCUCUCCCUUUUUCAAUAUUAUG